UCAUUUUAUUUUGAAGGAGCUAAUUUCAUCUGAAAGUGAAACAAGCAAGCGGGAAGAGUAGCCUACCAUCAUGACGCAAAUGAAAAACUUCUUCUAGAAGUGACUUUUCGCUAUAAAAGAAGGUUUGCCUGACAGCAGAAUUAAAGAAGACGCUGCUUUUCGCUUUUUGGUGAGCACAGUGAGCUGAGAACCAGGCCUGUGUUGGUGGGUUUGGGUCUGUGAUGGAUAGGCUGACACUGUCCCGCAUAGACGAGGAGCUGGACUCCUCUGAGGUUGCAGCUCUCUGCUUCUUGUGUCGUGAUGUUGUCAACAGGAAACGCCUGGAGGGGAUCAGAGAUGCAAAGGGACUGUUCUUCAGACUAGAAGAAAAAUGCCUGCUGGAGAACGAACUCUUCCUUUCUCAGCUGCUCUCCACUAUCCAUCGAGCAGAUCUCCUCCGCCUCCUGGAGACAGACAGCAGACAACCAGAGGAAACCGAUGCAUAUCCCGUCCUGUCGGAUUACAGGGUGAUGCUGUACAAAAUCUAUGAGGACAUGACUCGGGAAAAUCUUGAAAAGAUGAAGUUCCUUUUGAGCAACCAGCUGGGCAGAAGACAAGUUGAGACAUGCAAUACAGCACUGGAUGUGUUUGCUGAAAUGGAAAAAAUUGACUUACUGUCGAAUACGAAACUUCAUGAGCUGCAGACAGUACUGCAGCAGUUGGAUCAACAACUGGUAUUGACUGUAGAGCGCUACGUGAAAGGUGAAACCCAGCCACGUCCUCCUCGCAUCAGCAUGGAUUACCAGGGGGUCAACAACCCCCCCCAGCCGACUGAACCUGUUCUGUCGAUAACUGAGACUCGGUCCAGCUAUGAAGGAGAGAGUGUUUACCCUGAUUCACAGUCCUCAUUUCUAACUGAUCAGACAGAGUACUAUGCCAUGAACCAUAACCCUCAUGGUUUGUGUGUGGUCAUCAACAAUGAGGAAUUCCAGGGAAAACAGCUGAGAGAUAGAAAAGGGACUCAGGAGGAUGAGAAGGCUCUGCAUAAAGUGUUCACCCACCUUGGCUUUGAAGUGGUGGUACACAACAACUUGACUGCAGAAGACAUUCGACUUGUACUAAAAGACCUCAGCGGAAGGGAUUUUUUUGCUGAUGAUGCCUUGGUGGUAUGCGUGCUUUCCCACGGAGAAAAGGGUUGUGUCUUUGGGACGGAUGAGAAGCAGGUGUCCAUUCGAGAACUGACACAGCCCUUCACAAGUGUACGAGCUCGCACCUUGGCGGGGAAGCCCAAACUGUUCUUCAUCCAAGCGUGUCAGGGAAGCGGCUACCAGAGAGGAUCUGUGCCGUGUCGCCCGAUGCUGAGGCAGGAGGAAGGGGACAAAGAGGUGGAGGAAGACGCAGGUCCUGUGCACAGCGAGACUGUGCCCUCAGAUGCUGAUUUCCUGCUGGGCAUGGCCACCGUGCCAGAGUGCAAGUCGUUUCGAAACACUUCCACAGGCUCCAUCUACAUCCAGGAGCUGUGCAAGCAGCUGAUGAGGUCUGCACAAAGCUCGGAGAAUGAUGAUAUACUCGCUGUCCUGACACGUGUGAACAGGGAGGUCAGCAAGGGACAAUAUUUAUACUACAAACAAAUGCCGGAGCCCAAAUACACCCUCACCAAGAAGCUUGUCUUCAAAUGUGUUAGCUGACUGCAGGGACCGUGUGUGUGUGUGUGUGUGUGUUUUUUAAUCUCUAUAUGGUAAAAGUUGGAUGAAUUUGAAAGUCAGUGUCUUUGUAUUUAUCGAGAAGCUGAUGUCUCUUUAUCUUAACAAAAAAGCAUCACUGUGAAUAAAGUGUUACAGGAGCCAUUAA